AUGGGUCUCUGCGAUCCAUUCUCUUUGGUUGUGGGUGUUGUUUUGAUUCUGCAGUUGGCGAUUGCUGUUUCCGGGUACGGAUCUUCCGGCCCGGUUGCAGCUGCGUUCGGCGGCGACGGGAUCUUCUGCGCCAUUGAUGCUGGAGGGAAGCAGGAGGUGUUGUGUUGGGAUAAGUAUGAUAACUUCACAGCUUCAUCGUCAACUGCUCACUUCGCUCCCUUGCCUCCCAUGGCCUCGCUCUCCGGAGGCGAGGAGUUUCUCUGCGGCAUUACGUCGAACACUUCGCAGCCGUUCUGCUUCAAGAUGUCGGAUCCAGGUACUAAUCUUGUCCCGGAAAGUUACCAGUACAACACAUAUUCCCAGAUCGCCGCAGGCAAGGAUCAUGCUUGUGCGAUCAGAGGGACUUACUACUCCACUGGGAUGGAGGAAUACGGUCGAAUUGAUUGUUGGGUUCUCGAUCAUACAUUCUCCACUUCCUAUGUGAAUCUCCUAAAUUUCAAGAACAUAGUCGCCGGUGAUGGCUUUAGUUGCGGGGUAGUCAAACAAAAUGGGGUGAUUUGUUGGGGACCCAGAUCAGGAAAAUUGCGGAUUCCAACCAGUUCAGGUGAUUAUGAGAUUCUGGCCUCGGGAAGAAGCUCUGUAUGUGGGAUAUCAAGCUCUUCCAGAGAAGUUCAGUGCUGGGGUUCUUCUGAUGGUAGCCAAUUCAGCUCCCAACCGGUGAAAGGUGCUAGAUUCGUGGGCUUAACAGCCGGUGCGGAUUACUUCUGUGGAGUCCGUGAGGACAAUCACGAAGUUGAAUGUUGGGGGGAAGAUGUCGAUCCAAGUUCUGUUCCAAUCGGUUAUGGGUUCAUAGCCAUUGCUUCUUCAGAUCACACCGCCUGUGGAAUACGAGAAGCCGAUCUGGUACUCGACUGCUGGAGCGUUGCGAAUGGACAGUCUCCUUCGGAUUACAGGCCGCCUCUGCAGCUGUGCAGCCCCGGGACUUGCUCCCUGGCUGCAUCAUCGUGCCCCGACGGUAUGUUUUCCUUCAAUGCAAGCAUCCUCAACGAGCCAGAGUUGACCAGCAUCUGCGCAAGAAAGGACCUCAAGAUCUGUCUGCCUUGUGGCACAAGCUGUUCACAUGGCUAUUUCCCUUCCAGCCUGUGUACAGAGAAUGCUGACAGGUUAUGCACUGCUUGCUCGCUCUGCCAGAACAGCUCUUGUUGGGACAUCUGCGGCCAACCAUCUUCACCAGAAGUGACUUCACAGCAGGAGCGGAAGCAGAUCAAGAAACUUGUUAUCAUCAUUGCCAUCCCACUGCUUGCUUGCUUGUUACUCCUCGCUUCGUGUUGUCUCAUUUUCCAGCUCAGAAGAGGUACCAAGGAUGGAAAGAAGAAGAGGAACUGCUGCUACAUGUUCUGCAUAAGCAAGCCUGUAGUGGUGCAGGCGAAUCCUGACUCUGAUCCACUCUCCGUUGUUCUUUCUACGGGCUCGUAUGUUGGAGAGGCUCAAGUGUUCCGGCUUUCCGAGCUCAAAGAUGCCACCCAUGGCUUCAAGGAGUUCAACGAGCUAGGCAGGGGAAGCUUUGGGUUCGUCUACAAGGCCGUGCUGUCCGAUGGAAGACACGUCGUGGUGAAGAGAGCCAACGCCGCCACCAUAAUCCACACCAACAACCGAGAAUUCGAAUCGGAGCUCGAGAUCCUGUGCAGGUUGAGACACAGCAACAUAGUGAACCUGUUGGGCUACUGCGCUGAGAUGGGGGAGAGGCUGCUGGUCUACGAGUACAUCCCACACGGGACGCUCCACGACCAUCUCCAUGGGGAGCUCUCUCCGCUUGAUUGGAGCUCGAGGCUCCGAAUCGCUCUGCAGAUGUCGCGUGCCCUCGAGUACAUGCACAAAGGCGGCGACAACGACGACACCAUGGCAGCUGCAGUCAGCAUAGUUCAUGGCAACUUGACGACGUCGAAAGUGUUGCUGGAUUCGGAGUGGGGGGCGAGGAUCGCGGACAUUGGAUUCUCGAACUCGAGCAGCGAGAAUCCAAUGUCCGAACAGGACGACGUGUACAGCUUCGGCAUUGUGGUGCUGGAGAUAUUGAGUGGGAGGAAGGCUUAUGAUACGGAGUGUAACCCUCCUGGUAUUGUGGAGUGGGCUUUGCCUUUGAUUCGAUCGGGGAAGUCGGCCGCCAUUAUAGACAGGAAUGUAGCUCUGCCGAAGAAUGUGGAGCCUCUGCUCAAACUUGCAGAUGUUGCCGAGGCUGCUCUCAGGAAGAAUCCAAGUGAACGGGCUGACAUGUCCUGUUUAUCAAAGUUGUUGGAUGAAAUUGUGAGAUUUGAGGUUGAUAUUUUGAGAACGUGA